AUGGGGAGAGCGGCGAGGCGUGCGCGGGCCUUGGCGCUCGCGGCAUUGGUCGCGGUGCUGGUUGUAGUGGCAUGUACAGAGGCGCGGCUACUGGAGAAGGAGACGUUGGGCGGUGGAGGAGGUUUCGGUGGUGGGGGUGGCUUUGGCGGUGGUGCUGGGCUCGGAGGAGGCGGUGGAGCAGGUGGUGGGUUCGGUGGAGGGCUUGGUCAUGGUGGAGGUCUUGGUGGUGGGUUUGGAGGAGGUAAAGGUGGUGGCCUAGGUGGUGGUCUUGGCGGUGGUGGCGGUGCAGGUGGUGGUUUUGGUGGAGGGCUUGGCCAUGGUGGAGGUCUUGGACACAGUGGUGGCCUUGGAGGUGGGUUUGGUGGUGGGAAGGGCGGUGGCCUCGGUGGUGGAGCUGGCGGAGGAGGCGGGCUAGGUGGUGGAGCUGGGGGUGGUCUUGGUGGUGGUGUAGGUGGAGGUGGAGGACUUACUGGUGGUGCCGGUGGAGGUGGUGGGCUUGGCGGUGGUGCGGGAGGUGGACUUGGUGGCGGUGGUGCCGGUGGAGGCGGCGGUCUUGGUGGAGGUGCCGGUGGAGGUAGUGGCGGUGCAGGAGGCGGGCUUGGUGGUGGUGCCGGUGGAGGCGGCGGGCUUGGCGGCGGUGCCGGAGGUGGGCUUAGUGGUGGUGCCGGUGCAGGAGGAGGCCUGGGUGGUGGUGCCGGUGGAGGCGGCGGGCUAGGCGGUGGGGCUGGAGGCGAGCUUGGUGGUGGUGCCGGUGCAGGAGGAGGCCUGGGAGGUGGUGCCGGUGGAGGUGGCGGGCUUGGUGGUGGUGUUGGUGGAGGCGGUGGGCUUGGUGGUGGUGCCGGUGCAGGAGGAGGCCUGGGUGGUGGUGCCGGUGGAGGCGGCGGGCUUGGCGGUGGUGCAGGAGGCGGGCUUGGUGGCGGUGCUGGUGGAGGCGGUGGACUUGGUAGUGGUGAAGGAGGAGGCCUAGGUGGAGGUGCUGGAGGUGGGUUUGGUGAUGGUGCCGGUGCUGGUGGAGGUGGUGGACUCGGUGGUGGUGCUGGAGGGGGUGGUGGCGUAGGAGCUGGAGGUGGUUUUGGGGGUGGCAAAGGUGGUGGCUUUGGCGGCGGCCUCGGUGGUGGUGGUGGCAUUGGUGCUGGUGGAGGAGCCGGAGGUGGUGCUGGUGCUGGCUUUGGCGGAGGCGCUGCUUAUUGA